GGAAAGGGUGCACAGACCGAUCGGAGGACCCGACAGAGACAGCAGCCGAUUCCACCGUGCCCGACUUGUGGUCGACUUCACAGGGGAGAGUGUCGUGCUGGACAGGACAUCUGUACUAUUGUCAGGAGCCAGGACAUUUUGCGAGUCGUUGCCCGAAGAAACUCCAGCAGCAGCCUCAGCAGCCGCCACAGCAACAGCAGCCACGACAGCAGGCGCAGAGGCUGCCUCAGCAGCAGCAGCAGCAGAGGGGGAGGCAGCAGGCCAGGGUUUACGCGGUCAAUCAGGCGGAGGCAGCACAGCAACCAGGUACUAUGUCCGGGAUGGUUGUUCUCAACGAUAUUCCUGUGUUCGCUUUAUUCGAUACUGGAGCGACGCAUACCUUCAUUUCACGCCGAUGUAUCGAUGCCAUCGGAGUUCACGCAGUUACCGCUGUCGAUCCUCUCGAGGUGAGCUUAGCCUCGGGACGAAAGAUAGUGACCUCAGCUAAAGCCUCAGAUAUUAGCCUUUCCAUCGGUGGCCGAGUAUUGACCGCCGACGCGUUCGUUCUCGAGAUGAAUGAUUUCGAUCUUAUUCUCGGGAUGGAUUGGCUAUCUUUCUAUCAUGCUGACAUCAGGUGCCAUGACCGGGAGAUUACUCUCUAUCUUCCGGAGGACGAGUCGAUUACUUUCUUCGGCUCCAAGAACCGUUCACUGCCUCAUGUUAUAUCGAUGGCAAAAGCCACUAAGCUAUUGCGACGAGGCAACUGCCAGGGUUACCUGGUAAGCCUUGUUGAGGAUUCUCAAGGAGCGCGGACACCUCAUGAUGUUCCUAUCAUUCGCGAGUUC